AUGAGCAACUUCACCGUCCUCGGCGACAGCGCCAUCAAACAACUCCUCCUCGACCUGUCGAAAGAAGAAAUAGCCUCCUUCCAAGAACAAAUCGAAGACUGCCUAAUUUCAAUUUGUCCGGGAAAAGAGGGCGAAUACCAACCGAGUCCAGGGAUAAUCAAUCGACCCGACGGUCAAAAGAUCCUAUUCAGGCCCUUCACGUCCCCCGAAAACGUCGGGACAAAAAUCAUCGUGCAUCCUGCUCCCACUCCUACAGGGACCCUUGCCCAGCAAGCUCUACAUGGCAUUGUGGUCCUCGUCGACAAGUUCGGACUUCCCACCGGCGUUCUGAACGCCGAGGAAAUCACUGGGUAUCGCACGACGAUGAAUGCGAUGGUCCCGUAUUCGUGGAGACGCAGAACGGAGAAAAUUGUUAUUUUUGGCGCUGGGAAGCAGGCGCUUUGGCACUCUCGGCUUGCGCUUGCUAUUCGGGGGGAGGAGAUUGGGUCUAUUACGAUUGUAAAUCGGUCCGAGGAGCGGGCGAAGGAGUUGAUUCAAACUGUGGUAGAGGAGAAUGCGUCUCGGUGGAAGUCGGGUUGUCGGUUCGAGUUUCUGAAUUCUGCUCAAAUUGGAGCCGAGUCACGGUUGCGAGAUCUUCUUGUACGGGCUGAUGCGAUCUUUUGCACUGUUCCAUCUACGAAGCCUUUGUUCUCACUGGAAGAUUUAGGACUGGAGAAGCGGCACGGAAGACUUCCGUUCAUCUCUGCUGUUGGAUCGUGGCAGCCGGAUAUGAUUGAGGUCAGCCCGGAGAUUCUGCAUCAUAUCACUCGUGGGAAGGGGUUUGGUAGGUCUGGCGACGACUCCACCGGGACACUGAUUGUGGAUGAUGAGGAGCAUGCGUUAAUUCAUGCCGGUGAAGUGGUUCAGGGUGGCUUGAAUGAAGACCAGAUCUUGGGCAUUGGUCGCGUACUAAGCUGGAAGCGAGACGAGGCUGCACUUAGCUCUGAAAACACAAAGAGCCUGAAUACAUGGUUAGCUGAAGGCUUGAUUGUGUACAAGAGUAUCGGGGUUAGUGUCACGGAUCUCGUCGCUGGAAAUGCGAUUCUUGCGUUGGCGGCCAAGAAGAACCUAGGGACGUCAAUUACGGACUUUUAG